AUGGCACUUAGAAGUCAUAAAGAAUCAGCAUCCGAAUCCGAGUCAAGACAACCCAGUAAUUCUAGAGCUUCAAAUAAGGCCAGAAAUGCUGCAGCUCAAGCUGCUCAACAAGAAUUCUUAUUAAAGCAUAUAAACUCAAAUGGACCGCACGAUAAACCUAAACCCCAUCCGUUAGACUUCAACUCGUUUAGCGAAGAAACUCUUGAGAAAUAUAACAGAAAGUAUGGAUUGAAUUUUCCCCCACCAUUAUCAAUUAACGGGCACAUAUUAAGUUCAGAGAUAGGCAAGAAAACUUUUACAGCUAAAAACAAUAAGAACAAAAUAAGCAAGCCGGAACUCUCGAACAACUUGAAAAAGCACUUUUUGGCCUUACCAUGCCGUGAAAACGAGAUCAUUGCUAAUUUCAUAUAUACCGUGAGGAAUGAGGACAAGGACUUUAAGCUAUCUUUCAAAUAA